UUCGCCCUUGGUCUCGCCAUGCUUGUAGACCUCGUUUAACGACUACAGAAUAUAUUGUCUAAUCUAUUUAUUCUAGAGUAGGACAGCUAUGGUGUUUCUAACGUUAUCGUGCUGGAUAAGAAGCCGUGGACCUGACAGAUAUUGGAAAGUCCAGGAAGUCCUUAAACAUGCCAGACAUUUCAGAGGGAGAAAGAAUCGUUGCUACAAAUUGGCCGUUCGGGCAGUCAGAAGGGCUUUUGUCUACGCAACCAAAGCUAGAAAGCUCAAGAAACGCAACAUGAGGACGUUGUGGAUUUCACGGAUAGCGGCAGCCUCACGGGAGCAUGGGAUGAAGUAUCCUGCACUUAUGCAUAACUUGGAGAAGAGCAGUGUGCAGCUCAAUCGUCAUGUUAUCAGUGAUUUGGCCAUCACAGAGCCACGAUCAUUCCUCUCACUGGCCAAACUGGCUCGAGCUCGACAGCAGGAGGGUUUCCGUGCAGCGCUGGGUGACGGGAAAGAGCCUCCUGGUGUUCUGUCCCGUGUAGCUUUCCUACAGUAAAUAAAAUAAACAACAGUAACUCAUCUUGUCCUUUCACGUACAAUAUUAAGCACUGUCAGGAGAGUAAAGCAUGGUCAAUCUUACGCUCUUGUCUCAUUACAUCUUGAAAUACGCUGAUGUAUCACAUUAUAUUGCAAGAAUUGUGUGUGUAUAUAUUUUUUUUUCUUUGAUUAAACUUUUUUAUAUG